AAUUUUUGAAUAGUAAUAUAUAAUGGCUGCUGUCGAUCUCUCUGCUUAUCCACGUGUUGAUUUGGCUUUCAUUGGUGGCACCGGUCUCUCAAAGGCUGAAGGUCUUGAAAAUGUUAUCACUGUUGAACCAUUUGAAACUCCAUUCGGUAAACCAUCAUCACCAAUUGUUAUUGGUACUAUUAACGGUUUGACUGUUGCUUUCUUGUGUAGACACGGUCUUUCUCACUCUGUUCAACCAACCGAUGUUCCAUAUCGUGCCAACAUUUUUGCUCUCAAAUCACUUGGUGCUAAUAAUUUAGUUUCUUUCGGAGCUGUUGGUUCAUUGCAAGAAGAAUUGGCUCCAAAACACUUUGUUGUUGUUGACCAAUUCAUUGAUCGUACCAAAUUCCGUCAAUCUGAAAAUACUUUCUAUGAUAGAGAAGGUUUGGUUGCUCACGUUUCAUUCGGUGAACCAACUUGUAAGACUUUGUCUCAAUUGGUUGUUGAUUCAUGCUCACGUAUUGAAACUAUUCCAAAGACUCAUGCCACUGGUACUUAUGUCUGUAUGGAAGGUCCAUGUUUCUCAUCACGUGCCGAAAGUAAAAUGUAUAGAAUGUGGGGUGGUAGUAUCAUCGGAAUGACUUGUUUGCAAGAAGCUAAAUUGGCUCGUGAAGCUGAAAUGGCCUUUGCUUGUGUUGGUAUGGUCACUGAUUAUGAUGCUUGGAAAGAUGAAGCUGAACCAGUUACUGUUGAAGAAGUUGUCAAGAUUUUGCACGAUAAUGGUGACAAUGCUAGAAGAGUUAUUCAAGAAGUUGCCAAAUCUUUCACCAAGUUUGAAUCAAGUGCUCACUCUGCCAUGAAAUUCUCCUUGUUGAAGCCAGCCAGUAGUUUAAGCGAUGAUCUCAAGAAGACUUAUGCUCCAAUUUUGGCCAAAUAUUAUUAAACUUUUAAAGUUUUUU